CAAUCCCCCACUGCAACAAAUCUGCCGAGCCCCGGUAUAUGCCACAGAUAUACCGUCUAGCGACAAUCUCCUUCGCGCCAAUAUGUUCUUCUUGAACCCGUUCAAGCAGCACGAUCUUUCCGAGUUCCCAGACACUCACAUCGACCUCGCAGAUGCAGGUUCAGUAGUAGAUGCACGUCACAAACCGCACCCGCACGCCGAUGCGGAGAAAGAUGCCGAAUCAGGUAAAGAAAGUGACUCCCACAGCGGCGGUGCCAGCAUUCGCGCUGGCACUACUCGAGGACUCACCGUCGCCGAAUUGCGCGAAGAAGUCGGCCUCGACGUUGGCGCCAAUGAUAGCCAGUCGAUUUAUGAUAAGAAGGCCAAGGUCAUCAACCGGGCAAUCGCCGACAUGGGCAUGGGAAGAUAUCAGUGGCAGCUUUUCGUCCUAUGCGGCUGCGGCUGGAUGGCAGACAAUCUUUGGCUCCAAGGUGUUGCUCUGACCCUCCCGUCUCUUUCUGCUGAAUUUGGUGUCAGUGAGAACGAAGUUCGUUACACGACCCUGGCUCUUUUCUUGGGUCUCUGCAUCGGAGCAAGCUUCUGGGGAGUUGCGUCCGAUGUCAUUGGUCGUCGCCUGGCCUUUAACUUCACUUUGAUGUUUGCAGGCAUCUUCGGUCUCGCUGCUGGCGGUGGCCCUAACUGGUAUGGAGUUUGCGCACUGUAUGCCUGUUUGGGUCUUGGAGUUGGUGGCAACCUUCCCGUUGACGGAGCCUUGUUCCUGGAGUUCCUCCCCGGCGCCAACAACAACCUGCUCACACUGCUUUCCACUUUCUGGUCGUUCGGCCAGCUCAUUGCGUCUCUCUUAGCUUGGUCUUUCAUCCCAAACUUUUCAUGCCCGGCUGAUGCAAAUUCCUGCACGAAGGACCAAAACUGGGGUUGGCGCUAUCUCGUCCUUACCCUUGGCGCCAUCACCUUCAUCAUGUUCCUGUGCCGCUUCUUCCUCUUCCACCUCUUCGAAUCGCCUAAGUAUCUGCUUUCUCGCGGAAAGCAACGUGAGGCUGUAGCCGUUGUCCACGGCAUGGCCUACUUCAACAAGACCAAGACUUGGCUCACGGAAGACAUCCUCGACCAAGUCGGCGGAGUCGACGCCGAAGUCGCAACCACGAAACUCAGCACCAUCCAAAUCGUCAAGAACUCCAUGGGCAAGUUCUCCACCCAGCGCGUCAGCCCCCUCUUCAAGGACAAGAAAAUCGGCCUCACCAUGGUGCUCCUCUGGUUCCAGUGGACCACCAUCGGCAUGGGCUACCCGCUCUUCAACGCUUUCCUCCCGCAGUACCUCGCCAACUCCGGCAGCGAGCAGCCUACCGCUGUCUCCGUCACCUACCGCAACUACGCCAUCACCUCCAUCUGCGGCGUCCCCGGCUCCUUCCUCGCAUACUACCUCGUCAACAUCCCGUUCCUCGGCCGCAAGAAGACCAUGAUCGUUGGCACUGCACUUACUGGUGUCUUUGUAUUCCUCUUUACCAUCUCUGGUGAUCCGGACUUCCAGCUCGCGUUCUCGUGUCUGGAGGCUUGCUUCCAGCAGAUCAUGUACGGUGUGCUCUUCGCCUACACGCCGGAGGUAAUCCCUGCGCCGAACCGCGGGACGGGCUCGGGCAUCGCGAGCACGCUGAACCGCCUCGCUGGUCUUUGCGCGCCGAUUGUGGCUGUCAAUGCCGGCAGUGCGAACCCGAAGGCGCCGAUCUAUGCGUCGGGCGGAUUGAUCUUGGCCGCGUUCGUGAGCAUGAUAUUCUUGCCGAUCGAGACGCAGGGCAAGCAGACUUUGUAGAUGAAUGUGGAUGGACGCGUGCUGUGCUAAGCUUUUAUGCUCGCUUCGUAGAGGGUGGCUUGCCAAGGCGAUGUGGGAUUGGAGGUGGAUGAAGAGGAUGAUUGAGUUGGAACAGGAGAAGGAGACAACAUCACGAUACCAGAUGUGCCUUUUGGGCUAUCACUGAGUUUAUAUAUACUCCAUCAACGAGAAGAUGUUCUCCGCAACUUACCGUGUACCUCUGUUCUGUUGUUAGAAGUGCGGAGAACC